UUUUCUUUUAAGAUUUCACACUACCUCGUCUCUGUUUAAAAGUCACGUUUUAGCUGAAGUUCUGAAAAAAGAUGUUUUUCAUGAACAUUCAGAGAUUUCUCGGGUCUCUAAUCAGUCCAGGAAGCAAUCAGUAGGUCUUUACGAGGUAGAUAUGGAAGAGUGCGAGGUGACUUGCUGUGUGGCCGGCUGUCCUUUGUCAGCUGCUGAACUGACAUCUACCCAAGUCCCCAAUGUGCUGAGAGAGGCUCAAGAGUGGAGGGAGGGUCUGUUGUAGUGAUUUAUGGUCGAAAGCUUGUGUUGUUGUGAAGCUCAUAACGUCACACCUGCUCUUUUUCUUCCUUGAAUUGAAGGCUUGCAUGACCAUUAAUGAAGCUGCCCAGCUGAGGUGAAGGGGAGGGCAGAAGAUCCUAGUUCAGCUUGAGUGUGGAUGACCUGCCCCCAGAAACAGGACCAUGAUCUGAAAAGCGUGCUGUACACAGAGCCCCGUUCUUCCUUUCUUCCUUCUCCCUCUUUUUUUGUUUUUGUUUUUUUCUAUCUUGCUGGUGAAAGCCUCCCUGCCUGGGUCCUUCAAACAGGGUCAGUGUGCACAGCGAGGGCAAACUGAAAGCGAAUAGAGAUUCAAAGAGGAGGAAAAGUAACAGCAGCCAUCCGUGACCUCACAUCUUGUCACUUUCCCCUGAUCCUCCCACUGCAACACCAGAACCAUGGGGAGGAAAAAGAUCCAGAUUCAGAGGAUCACUGACGAACGCAACAAACAGGUGACGUUCACCAAGAGGAAGUUUGGUUUGAUGAAGAAGGCCUACGAGCUGAGCGUCCUGUGCGACUGCGAGAUCGCUCUCAUCAUCUUUAACCACUCCAACAAGCUGUUCCAGUAUGCCAGCACUGACAUGGACAAGGUCUUGCUGAAGUACACCGAGUACAACGAGCCACACGAGAGCCGGACUAACGCUGACAUUAUCGAGACGUUGCGAAAGAAAGGCUUUAACGGUUGCAACAGCCCUGAGCCCGACGGCGACGACUCCAUCGACCAAAGCCCGCUAAAUGACCGCAAGACCGAGGACCUGGACAGCCUCUUCAAGCGCUACGGCGUGAGUACAAUCACAUUUUUGUCACCUUAUCUAACCUACCCUUUUCUUCUUCUCCCUUUUUUCUCUACUUUCCUCUCUCUCUCUUUCUCUCUCUCUCUUUCUCUCUCCCUGUCUGCCUUCUCUUCUUUUGUUUGGGGAUCGAAGGCUCUGAACAAGAAAGAGCACCGGGACUCUGAGAGCCCAGACCCCGAGGAGCCCUUCUCCCUCACCCCCCGCACUGAAGAGAAAUACAAAAAAAUUGACGAGGAGUUUGAUAAAAUGAUGCAGAACUAUAGGCUGUCAUCUACAGUCCCACAGCCCACCUUCUCCAUGCCAGUCACCGUGCCAGUAUCAAACCAGAACGCAGCGGCAGCGGCGGCCCUUCAGUUCAGUAACAACCCUUCCGGCGCCCUGGUCACCACCACCUCCUUUGUCACCUCCACCCUCACAGAUCCCCGGCUCCUUUCCCCACAGCAACCCGCUCUGCAGAGAAACACCGUGUCGCCAGGGUUACCACAGCGGCCAGCCAGUGCAGGUGCUCUGUUAGGGGGAGACUUGGGGAACUCUAAUGGAGCGUGCCCGAGUCCAGUCCCUAAUGGCUACAUCAGUGCCAGGGCCUCCCCAGGCCUCCUCUCUGUAUCCAAUGGCAACAGCCUGGGGAAAGUAGUCCCGGCUAAGUCUCCACCUCCACCCAGCCCUCAGAUGGUCAACAGCCGUAAGCCGGACCUGAGGGUCAUCACCUCACAGAGUGGCAAGAGCCUCAUGCAGCUGACUGAGGAAGAGCUGGAGUUGGUGAGUGAGAAUGCUCAACGACUAGGCGGCUCCCAGGUGGCACAGCCACUCACCACACCAGUGGUCUCCGUGGCAACACCCAGUCUCCUAGCGCCCUUCUCCGGCAUGCAGACGGCCUACAACACUGAGUACCAGCUGACGAGCGCAGAUCUCACAGCGCUCCAGACGUUCACGCCACCGGGGCUGGUGCCUGGCAACAUGGCUGCUUGGCAACAGCAACAGCAACAGCAACCAGCAGUCUCUCAGCAGCAGCAACAGCAGCAACAGCAACUGAGCUUGGCAUCACUCAGCAACUUGGUCAUGUGGGGUGCAGAGAAACAGAAUGCGGAGAUGGUUAACUGCAUCUCCAAUUUUGCUGCUAACCUGAGGCAAGUGGGAGUACAGGGUGCCGCGCUGACAGUCAACACAAACCCCAACGUCAAUAUCAAGUCCGAACCCGUCUCACCAAACCGUGACCGCAGCACUCCCAGCUCCACCAGUGGGGUGGCUGGAGUUGGAGUGGGCCAGAGUCAACUCCAGGGACAAGGUCUGGUGUCCAUCGCCUACCCUGGUACUCUGCGUCUUGAAGCGGGAGGCCAAGGCCGCUCACCUGUUGACAGUCUCAGCAGCAACGGCAGCUCAUAUGAAGGCAGCGACCGAGACGAUGGCACCCAGGGUCGAGGUGGGGGUCUGGAUUAUCACCACCAGGUCGGCGCCGGAGCCCAGCAGCCCACCAUGGUCCUUCUGCGGCCCUCAUCAGCAGAGCCUCAAGAACAGGAUGGGACCAACGUCAAGAGAAUGAGACUGGACACCUGGGUCACAUAAACGGAUCGAUGGACAGAUGGAGGAUGGAGAUGUGUACUUGUGGAUUGUGUACAUGCCCCACCAGCUCCAGCAGCCCCAAUAUCCACAUUGCAUACGCACAGACAAAAUCCACCCACCACCAACCCAGUAACCUGCUGUCUACACAGUAAACCUCACAUGGAUACAUACAUGACACAAGCAUGCUAACAUACUCGCACACUCGGACACUCACUCGUAUAGCAAUGUGCAGUCACGUUUGAACUGUAAUGUAUUCUCACUGACAUACACCAAACCCAACAAGACCAGGAAUUAUUUAUCAAAAAAAAAGACCAUGCUGCGCAUCAUUCAGCUGGAUUCGGAUAGAAGUGAAUGAGUUUGUAAUCAGGCUGCAGUGGUUAGGAACUGUGGCCUGAUUAAAUUUGGCCACAUGGACUUCUUGACAGUUUCUGGAAAAGCAGACAAGCCAAACUUGGUUUCCCAGCAUGCCCAUGCCAUGAUUCACGGCUGGUGGCAAUCUCUCACCUUCAUAUCUUUACUGUCUGGUAGGUUUUGAUCAAAUAUGACAGCGCUGUAUUAAAACGGUGCCGCCAACGAGUCCACAUCGAUGUACACAUCCGCCCAUCCACAGUUGUAUUGCUAUCACUCUAGAUUUUUGUUUGUUUUCUAAGAGGAGCAACUGUGCUCUUUUAUUUUAUUUUAUUUUUCUUCUUCUUCUUCCUUUUCUUUUUUUUAAAGCGUGGAGUUUUGUCCCUCUGUCUUGACUGUUGACAUUUAGAGUUUGGAUUCAUUUUGAAUAUGAAGACACUAAAAGAAUAACUUGCCUCCCUUCUCAGUCAAGUCGGCGGCUCCAUCAACAUGGCCGGCAUUGGGUCCUGUACAAGAAUGGCGACCACCAGGGGUCUUUAUUUAAUCAGAACCACGCAGACCAGCUGUAAAACGAGGAACGUGAUUUGUUGCCGAGGUAAAAGACUGCUUUUCUUUGAAUCAGGGACGAGCUGCCACAGCUCAACGACACAUGACGCAGAUUCUCCUCGUUUCGCCCACAUCGUGUCAACUACAGAUGCUGAGAAAGGUGUGUGUUUGGUUUGUUUGUGUGCGUGUGUGUGUAUACGGGUUUGUUACCUCAACUGGUUGUUUUCUUUUUUGC